GGUUCUCCAAGAGAACCUUGAGGUGAAGACCCCAUCUUUGGGGUUUUCCAAGGAAAACAAGGGGUGAGCAGCCCAACGCUUGCGGUUGGGGCGAUCCCAAGACCCCAAAGCCCCCCGUUCUCCUCCCCCCAAUCCUUCCCACCCCCCAGAUCCAACAGUUCUCCAAGAAGGAGAUCGAGGACCUCCUACGCAAGGGUGCCUACGCGGCCAUCAUGGAAGAGGACGACGAAGGCUCCAAGUUCUGCGAGGAAGACAUCGACCAGAUCCUGCUGCGCCGCACCACCACCAUCACCAUCGAGAGCGAGGGGAAGGGCUCCACUUUCGCCAAGGCGAGCUUCGUCGCGUCGGAAAACCGCACCGACAUCGCUUUGGACGACCCCAACUUUUGGCAAAAAUGGGCGAAAAAAGCCGAUUUAGACCUCGAUCUCCUCAACAGCAAGAACAACCUGGUGAUCGACACGCCGCGGGUGCGCAAGCAGACGCGCCACUUCAGCACGUUGAGGGACGACGACCUGGUGGAGUUCUCCGACCUGGAGAGCGAGGAUGAGGAGAAGCCGCGAUCGCGGCGGCACGAGCGGCAGCAGCACGGCCUGCAGCACGCCUACGGCCGCACCGACUGCUUCCGCGUGGAGAAGCACCUGCUGGUCUACGGGGUGCUGCUCCGGGUGCGGAUGCUCUACUACCUGCGGCAGGAGGUGAUCGGGGACCAGGCCGAGAAGGUGCUGGCGGGGGCCGUGGCCAGCGAGGUGGACAUCUGGUUCCCGCUGGUGGAACAACUCGAGGUGCCCACGGCCUGGUGGGACGCCGAGGCCGACAAAUCCCUUCUCAUCGGCGUCUUCAAGCACGGGUACGAGAAGUACAACACGAUGCGCGCCGACCCCGCGCUCUGCUUCUUGGAGAAAGCGGGCGGCCCCGACGAGAAGGCCAUCGCUGCCGAGCAGCGCCUGGACGGCGGAGACGG